AUGGGACUUCAGAGUGCUGAACUUUGGCUGAAACUUGCCCUGAUGCUGCAGAACCAGCUGAACAGGGGGUGCCCCCCUCCCCCGGGAGGCCGGCCUGCAAGCGGCGGCGCCGGGGCAACGGCUCGGGCGCGCGGAGGAGGCGGAGGCGGCUCGGGGGAGCAUGCUCAGUUUUCCCGGCGGCGGCAGCCGGAGCAAGAGCGGUCCUGGGCCGCCGGGAUGGAGCCGCCCGGAGCCGCCACGGCCGCGCCCGCCGAGGCCCAGCCGGAAGCAGCCGAGGAGGAGGAGGAGAGCGCGGCCCAGCCGUCCCAGGCGCCCCCGGGAGCCGGGGCGGCGCCCCACGGGAAGACGCGAGGCGCGGGCGGGCGGCGAGGCGGGGCCAGGGCGCAGCCGCGCCUCCGCCGGCCCGUCACCGUGGACAGCUCCAAGGCGCGCACCUCGCUGGACGCGCUCAAGAUCAGCCUGCGCCAGUUGCGCUGGAGAGAGUUUCCAUUUGGUCGCCGUUUGCCCUGUGACAUCUAUUGGCACGGCGUGUCAUUUCAUGAUAAUGACAUCUUCUCGGGCCAAGUCAACAAAUUUCCAGGCAUGACUGAAAUGGUGCGGAAAAUCACCCUGAGUCGUGCCGUGCGGAUCAUGCAAGAGCUGUUUCCUGAGGAGUACAACUUCUACCCCCGUUCCUGGAUCCUGCCCGAGGAGUUUACCAACUUUCUCACAGAGGUUCGUUUGAUGAAGGACAACAACCCCUCCUGGAAGCCCACUUUCAUUGUGAAACCUGAUGGGGGGUGUCAGGGGGAUGGGAUCUACCUCAUUAAAGAACCCAGUGAGGUCCGGCUGAUGGGGAACCUCCAAAGCAGGCCUGCAGUGGUCCAGGAGUACAUCUCCAAACCUCUUCUGAUCGACAAGCUGAAGUUCGAUAUCCGGCUGUAUGUCCUUCUGAAGUCUUUAGAACCCCUUGAGGUCUAUGUUGCCAAAGAUGGACUCUCUCGGUUUUGUACAGAGCCCUAUCAGGAGCCUACCCUCAAGAAUCUGCACCAGGUGUUCAUGCACUUGACCAACUAUUCGCUCAACAUCCACAGUGGGAAUUUCGUGCACUCGGACAGUAGCAACACAGGCAGCAAGCGGACAUUCUCCAGCAUCCUUUGCAGACUCUCUUCCAAGGGUGUUGACAUCAAGAAGGUCUGGUCCGAUAUUAUUGCACUCGUGAUUAAGACUGUUAUUGCAAUGAUCCCUGAACUGAAGGUUUACUAUCAGUCUGACAUACCAGCAGGAAAGCCGGGACCGUCUUGUUUCCAGAUUUUAGGGUUUGACAUUCUCCUGAUGAAGAACUUGAAGCCGAUUUUGCUGGAAGUCAAUGCCAACCCCAGCAUGAGAAUUGAGCAUGAAAAAGAGCUCUCUCCAGGAGUUUUUGAGUGUGUCCCAAGCCCUGUCGACGAAGAAGUUAAGGUGGCCGUGAUCCGGGACACGCUUCGGUUAGUGGAUCCCCAUAAGAAGAGGAAGGAAGAUAAACUAUCUCAGCCUGUGGAGCUUGCAUCCCAGGAAAACAAAGACUUCCCUGAAGAAGAAUCAAUGGACAAAUUGGAGUUGGAGCCCAGUGCAGCCCUUGAAAACAACUUGCCCACCGUGUGCCUGAAGCAGGUGUUUCCAAAGUAUUCAAAGCAGUUUAACUAUCUGCGGCUGGUGGAACGGAUUGCUGUUUUGUUCAUCCGCUUCCUGGGCGUCAAAGGCACUACCAAGCUGGGACCAACAGGUUUCCGGACAUUUGUAAGAAACUGCAAGAUUAGUAACAGCAGCUUCAGCAUGGCGGCUGCAGACAUACUGUAUAUCGACAUCAGCAGAAAGUGGAAUAGCCUUGGAGUAGACCAAAGAGAAUCAGGGAUGGGCCUGCAAGCUUUUGUGGAAGCCUUCUUUUUCCUGGCGCAGAGACGGUACAAAUCUCUCUCCCUCCACGAGCAAGUGGAGCUGCUCAUCGACUUCUGUGAGUACAACCUGACCGCACUGGACGAGAAGCGCAUGGCGUGUAGCCGCGGGGUCCUUGAGCGGCGCCCAGCCCUGGUCACCUGUCACCAAGAUCGACUGCACCUCCGGCCCGUCUCCCGCACACCACCUCCGAACCACCACCGUGUUGCCCAUAAGUUGGUCGAUUAUAGAAGUUCUCGGCCCUGAGGCGAUUUGGCUUGCGUCAGGGAAGAGCUGUGGUCUGAAAAGCCCGGAGCUGGCUGUGUGGGCCGUGGGAGGCACCCGAGACCCCCGCCUCAGCGCCACGGCUUCUUCAGUGUGGCUUGCCUGAUGGAGGCUCCUCCGCCACGAUCCCUGCUGCUGCUGCUGAACAGCAUCCCAAAUAAUGACUGUUGGGCUGGUGAUUUACCAACCUGCCCUCAGACAGUCACCACAAGCUGACUCUUCUUUUGAGUUUAUUCAAAAAGUCAUCAGUGAAAGCCAGGCACGCCAGGAGGUCAUCCUGGAACCAUC